AUGGGGUCGGACGACGGCGAGAGCGCACACUCGGUGCAGUACUUCGGGUCUGCGACGCAGCUGGCGGGCGAGCGGCCGACGCAGAAGGCCAGCGUGAUCCCCGGGAUAUACGCGGAGGCGGAGGAGCUGGGCGGGGAGGGCGGCGGGGAGGACGUAGGGGAGGCGGAGCACGAGUGCCCCCUGCUGGGGGCGCGCGGCGAGGAGGUGGAGGACCAGGAGGCGGAGUACAAGAACCUGGUGUUCCAAGGCGUGCCGAACUCGACGAUCACGACGAUGGAGAGAGGUUUUACGCGCCGGGGCAGCGCGGGCAAGCGGCGCAGCGGCAGCGUGGGCGAGAACACGCCGACGUGGCUGGCCAAGAUGAACCCGCAGGACUCGUUCACGGGGUGGAAGAAGGAGUUCGGACAGGCGUUCAAGAAGAUCUCGAAGCUGACGUCGCGGCGGAGCGCGUCGCGCGGCGCGGGGCGCGCGAAGACGGACCACGAGUCAGUGGCGAGCGCGGGGAUCACGGAGGAGGAGAUGAUCAUCCAGAACAUGGCGUCGGACCUGAUCGCGACGCUGCUGGCGGGGUGCCCGGGCGCGCUGUUUGCGGGGAGUGGGUUCCUGCGCGACGAGCACGGCGUGCGGCGGGCGCCGCUGCUGCUGGCGAUGCUGAGCGUGCGCGUGUCGCCGGUGACGAACAGCGACACGCUGCUGUCGCUGCAGCGGGUGAGCUCGGCGACGACGAGCACGACGAACGCGAGCAGCGUGAGCCACGUGGAGAAGCAGGACGGCGGCAUUGCGAUCGUGGACCAGGGGUACCACACGAAGUACAAGCUGGAGUUGGAGUACGGCGUGGGCGACAACCGCCUGAAGUGGAUUAUCCUGCGCUCCUACAAGGACCUGGCGUCGCUGCACGGGAAGCUGAAGCUGGUGUCGUUCCAGCAGAACACGUUGAACAAGCUGUACAUCGACCACAACCGCUACCAGCGCAUACACCUGCCCCACUUUCCGCGCUUCGAUGACUACAUGAAAAAGGCGAAGAAAGGGCCGGCGUCAGUGCCGUCGCCGCAGGACCACCCGCGCACGUCGGAGUCGUCGUCCAACACGCCGCGCUCCUCGCUCAACUUCGAGGCCAAGCGCUUCCACAUGAAGCACAUCCAGGAUCUGAUUGACGAGACGGACGACGUGAAGAAGCCGAUGCACAAGCGGAUCGAGAAGUACCUACGGCUGCUCAACCUGUCGCUUUCCUUGCGCCCGCAGGCGAACCGGCUGUUCCAGUUCUACGAGCUGUCCCCGAUCAGCAACCUGUUGAGCUAUGAAAGCGGCUUCCAGGGCAAACAGGGCUACCUUAUUAUCAGGUCUUCCGCCAAGGCGCAGGGCUGGCGCGUGUCGCACUUCAGGUUCAAUGACUGGCGGGCGAUGAUCGAGCGGCACACCAACAAAUGGUUUUUGGUCAGACAUUCCUAUAUCAUGUACGUCAGCGAUAUGUGCUCGACCACGCCGCUGGACGUGUUCUUGGUGGACUCCAAGUUCAAGGUCACCUGCUCGGGCAACUUUUUAGAAGACAAUAACCUAUACGAGGAAGACCCGCUGGAAGAUAAGCAGAAGAAGAUAUCGACGAAGCUCUUGAUCACUCUGGAGAAUAGCGAGCGGAAGCUUCAGAUGAUCGCGAAGUCCGAGUACAUGCUGAAGAUAUGGGUCUCAUCGAUAAUACAAAUGCAAAAGAACACCAUCUGGGCCAACCACCAGCGGUUUGGGAGUUUUGCGCCUGUGAGGCGGAACUGCUUCUGUCACUUUUUGGUGGAUGGACGCGAUUACUUCUGGGCACUGAGCGAAGCGCUCACCAUGGCCAGAGAUGUGAUUUUCAUCCAUGACUGGUGGCUCUCCCCUGAGUUGUACAUGCGCAGACCAGUCCAGAGCAACCAGCAAUAUCGAAUUGAUCGGGUCUUAAAGGAGCGUGCUGAAGCCGGCGUUAAAAUCUUCAUUGUGGUUUAUCGCAACGUCGGUUCCACCGUCGGAACCGAUUCCCUCUGGACGAAACACUCAAUGCUCAGUCUGCAUCCUAACAUACACUUGAUCAGAUCUCCUAACCAAUGGCUGCAGAACACAUAUUUCUGGGCACAUCAUGAAAAGAUGUGCGUUAUAGAUCAUACAAUUGCCUUCAUGGGUGGUAUCGAUUUGUGUUACGGUAGGUACGAUAGCCCAGAACACGUACUUCGGGAUGAUGCUUCAGAUCUUCAACAGCAAAAUUUCCCAGGAAAGGAUUACUCCAAUGCGAGGAUAUGUGAUUUCCAUGAUUUAGAUAAACCUUUUGAAUCCAUGUACGAUCGGGAGGUUAUUCCUAGAAUGCCAUGGCACGAUGUUCAUAUGAUGACCGUCGGCGAAGCGGCGCGUGACAUGUCUAGGCAUUUUGUUCAGCGGUGGAAUUAUCUCCUAAGGCAGAAGAGACCCAGUCGCCCAACACCCUUGCUUACUCCACCUAGCGACUUCACCCCCGAAGAGCUGGAGAAUUCGGAGUUUUUCAGAAACUUGAAUUCCAGAUCUACGUGUGAAGUACAGAUAUUAAGAAGCGCAGGCAAUUGGUCGCUCGGGUUACAGGAGACAGAGAAAUCUAUCCAGGCGGCGUAUCUGAAAUUAAUUGAGACCUCAAAGCAUUACAUAUACCUAGAGAACCAGUUCUUCGUCACCGCUUCCAAUUGGGAUGGUGUUUUUAUCGAAAACAAGGUAGGAGAUGCUAUUGUCGACCGUAUCAUCAAAGCAAACAGCGAGGGUAAGUUAUGGAAGGCGUUCAUCCUCAUUCCUUUGAUGCCUGGGUUUGAUUCGGAGGUUGAUCAACCGGAGGGAUCCAGUAUCAGGGUAAUUAUGCAAUGCCAGUACCAAUCCAUUGCAAGAGGAGAAACCUCGAUCUUCGCCAAGUUAAGGAGGUUGAACAUAGACCCUCUUCAAUAUAUCCAAUUUUACUCUCUGAGGAAAUGGUCCACUCUGGGACAAUAUGAUAAACUCGUCACCGAGCAGCUGUAUGUUCAUGCGAAAGUUAUGAUUGUUGAUGACAGGAGCUGUAUAAUUGGGAGUGCCAACGUUAACGAACGCUCUAUGCUUGGGAACCGUGACAGUGAGGUUGCAGCAAUAAUCAGGGACACUGAACUAGUUAAGAGCAAGAUGAAUGGCGAAGAUUAUUAUGCAGGCAGAUUCGCCUUAGAACUCAGACAAAGACUGAUGCGUGAACAUUUGGGUUGUGAUGUUGACUUGGUUGAGAUCAUAGAGCGUAAGUUUAGCCGUUUAGAACACGUUGCUCUCGCCAACGUCGAAACAUUAAACCUACUAUCGAGAGAGGGGGCUGCUCACUCCAACAAGGAGCUCAAGAUCCAGAGUGCCAUGCUAGAGAUUGGCUUCCGUGAAGUUAUGAACGAGCAAUGUAGCGACAUGUGGCUAGAGAAAUAUGGGUCCGGCCAAGUGAAGAAUUUCGGAAUAGAAGUCGACCAUAACAUUUACAUGGACAGUGACAAUGUUCCGGAACAAUUCCUGUACAAUAAUUCGAACCACAAGAAGACGCCUCUGCCAUCAAAGAAAGGCAGACAGCAUGGCCGGCGGAGGUACAACUCAAAGCCGAAGUACCACUCGUUCAACAACAGGGCCGGCGAAGCUAACGUCGGAAUUAGGGAUAAGAAACCGAUCAGUACUGAUUCGCGUCUCGUGGGGAACGAAACUCACAUGAAGGAUGUGGAGGGCCUUGGACCCGACGGCUGGAAGAACGUGACUAGGAAAUUCAAGGAGAAUGUAACACAACAGUUAAUGGACUGGGCCACAGAGGUUAUGAAUAUUCAAAGUAUCGACGGGAAAAAGGAGAACCAGAACAAUACUAAUAUAUCAUUCUUGCCAGAUAAAGAGGAUGUCAUGCAAUAUUUACAAGAUAGCGGCAUUCCAGAUAUCAACAAAUGGAACAUGCUAAAACGUAUCUGCUACUUGCAGCAUCUCUCGUACAAGAAAGAAACCAAACUGACGGAACAUAAAAAGUUAUCAAAGGACACCGCAGACACCAUCCAACGCACGUUAGACUUUUUGGGCGAGGAAGAGAUGGACGAUGAUGCUGUGGAUAUAAUGCUGGCACAAAUGGUUCCUCCCAUCGGAGGCGAAAACAAGCAACCUUUUGCAAACUUGCAUUUCAUGGAUCCGUAUGCGUUCGAAGAUCCUAUUGUGGAUUCCUUCUACGAGGACAUGUGGUUUGCGGUCGCGCUCAGGAACACGUUGAUCUAUAGGAUGGUGUUCCAUUGCCAGCCGGAUAACUCCGUGCAGACGUGGAGGGACUAUAAGGAUUUCCAGAAGCUUUCGCAAGGAUUCGAUGAGUUGCAACGAAAGAUGAUCGAGAUGGAGUACGGAGAGAAGGUGACCAUUCUUGAUGAUAUAAGCGAGAACAUGUCAAACAUAUCCUUGGAAAAAGGCACGAAAAUAAAAUCCGUGCCCCCAGAUAUUGCCGACUCAUUAUCGAUGGAUGCAGACCUCCCACCACAUCACCAGCAGGCCGUCAAGACAGGGGCAGUGCGGGCCCCUACACACACCAAAAUGAAACUUUCGAGCAGUUUGCUCUAUGGUAUAAACCAGAAAAUAUUUGACAGACAUACUGCCCGUAGGUUAUUGGAAAGAAUUAAUGGUCAUCUUGUUAUCUUUCCCACCGACUGGUUGGCUAAAGAGGUUGAAUCCAAGAAUUGGUUCUACAAUGCCGACAGGCUGCCUCCUAUAGAUAUUUAUGAUUGA